CAUGAUGUUUGUCGGUCUUUAGGUGAGUGCAGACGUUCCCGAUCUCUCCUUGGUAGAAAUCCAUGACAAAUGUGGAAGGUGCGACUGUUGACCCUGUUAAGCUGGGCUCUUUCCAGAUCCAGUCUUGGGGGCUGUUCUAGCUUGUCAAAUGUUAGAAGAGCUCCCUUUCCACUUUACCCUGCCUCGGGUCGUAUACUCGCAUUACAAAUUCCAUUUAGUUCUAUAUCAGUGCAUACAGUACUCAAUUAUCCAUAACCUACGCUCAUUCAACCUUUGACUCUUAUUGCUACUCGCUCGCUACCUCACAAGUCUCUUUAACUCUUCCACACUCCCCGACGAUACAUCAAGAUGACCUUCCCCUACUUGAAUCCUCCGAACUUCAACUUGAUCCUCGGCGAUGACCCUAAUACCUCCCAGCCCACCGAUGACCAAAGAAAGGAGGCUCUGGAGCAGAGUCGCAAGUACUGGUAUAAGGCUGCAGCCAUCGCACGCCACAACCAAACAGUUGGCCUUCCCCCUCAGGCGGCCAACCCCCGAUUCAUGCUACAGCACGUCCCUAAGCCAUGUGUGAAUCCACAAGAGACCACCUCAGUCACCCUUGGGGGUUCACUAGACCUGUCACUCGCCGUGGAGGGACGCGCGCAUUGGAAGACCGAAGGACCCAAGGACUGCGGUAUCGCCGAUGACAAGAUUGGGGAAGCACGGAUUUUCCCGAUUGGAAUCUCGCAACCAACGGGUUUCAAUUUCGCAAAUCGGAGUUUCUACUACUGGAAAGGUGCCCAAGGUCAGAAGAUACCGUACCAUAACUAUCUUGCAGUGCUCACUUUGGGAUGGUGCUACAUCAUGUCAGCCCGGGCGGUGGAGUUGUUUAAAAAGGGCGCUCGCAUGGAAUAUACGGGCUCCAAAGCGCCCCUUUGGGAGAACCUUCGUGAUUGUCAAAUUUCCGGUGUGGAUGUCAGAAUCGACAUCUGUACUACAGAUGGGGAUAUAGCUCUGUGGUGGUCAACAAUCCUGGCUGGUUCUCAGGGCUGGAGGGGUAUUCUCACUUCGAGGAGUUCUAAAGAAAAGGCCCGGGAACGAGAAUUCCUCACGCCCUGGACACUGACCGGGACGGCCCCCGUGUCCUUUGCUAUUCGAGGAGUGGGCGGCCUCACAGCGAACAACCCUGACCAGCCCCUUAAGGCGGAAGAGGCAUUCAGGGCCCUUGCCAACUUUGCCCACCAGUACGACUUGGGCGACCAAUUUCAAAUCGCUCUUACAGCAGCCAUGACGUUCCCUACGCACAAUUUCCGUAGGACGAUUGCACAGCUCCCAUAUCCAACGCGCAGAAGCAUGAGAACCCCCGUCCUAGUACAAGACCAGUCUGUCAUCUCGAAAUAUUGGCUUGAACAGUUCUAUGACCUAUCCUGGUACAUGACUCUGAGCUGCGACCCAGAUGGGUUAACUUCAACUCUCAGUGGAAUGUUCUGGGAACCUGGGGUGCCUCGGAGUCUAGCCAGUGUCUGGCUGCAUCCCAUCUUGAGGGAGGUUCUUGAUGAAGAAGAAAUUCGAGCCAAGCCUGGCAUUUUUGAAGAGCCGCUUGCUAUCAUCUGCAGGAUCCGUCGACCAACUAUCGCAGCACUGUGGCUGGGGGCUGUCGUCAGUGGGCUCGGGCGUGCGAUACUAGACGAAGUUGACAAGGUCAGGCAAGUCCCUGACGAGGUUACGAGCGCUUGGACCCGUGCCCUGCAGGGCUUCUUGGACAUACCUGGGUCCGGUCCCUACCUGGACCAACAAACACAGACCAUUUCACGGGCAGAUGUCUUCCGUCUGUCUCGUGUCGUCCCUAUCGAUGGCAAUAACAACCCGGAUAGUCUCACCCCGCUUAGCCCCUGGAGCCCCCCAGGGAGAGUCAACAAGACCAGUUGUGCCCCGCGGAUUAUGUUACAUUCCACUUGCAACCGACACCACUUACGCUACUGCGGCUGGACGUGGUCCAAGGAUGGAUCGGGGGCACCUGACACUGGGCUCGGCUUGGCUGACACCCCCAGGGCCACUCAGUCGGAGAUUGACCUUGCUGCAUCAGUCCAGCCAUUAGACCCUCCUAGAUGGGAAUUUGAAGACUGGAUCGAAGAACACGAGGCAGAGCCCUUUGCGGAACCCACACGCCCCAAUAGCCAGUCUCCGACGGACCUUAUGGAUGAAGUUCAGUUCUUUCCGACGCUUGGUGAGGGGGAGACGGAAGAAGAAAAUCUUCAGUGGGUGAGAAAAUAUUAUACUUCCGAUAGCGGGGAUGGCAGUGGCUUUGACAACGACAAUCAUACUGAAGAAGACAUUGACGAUCAAUAUGUGGUGGUGGAUUGAGUUGAGAACUUUCCUGUCACCUUAGGUAGUAGAAAAAUUAGAUUAGAUGAACUCCCACUCGCAUUACUUAUGGAUACUGUAAGAUGAAAUACAAUACCAUGGGUUACUCAGGCUGGAGACUUAAAUGUGUUGAUGUAUUGGGUG